CCAUCCAGGAGUCUUUAAGCAAGAGCCUCAGGAGUUCCGGCAGGAAGAAGCCAGGGAAACAGUGCAAUCGAUGGCUUCAACAAUCCUGUCGAAGGUGCAGAAGGAGGAUAUCUGUCCUGUCUGCCUGCAGCUUUUGACAGAACCCUUGAGUCUAGGCUGUGGCCACAGCUUAUGCCAAGCCUGUGUCACUGUGAACCAUGAGGAGGCAGUGAUUGGCCCAGGAGCGACAAGCAGCUGUCCUGUGUGUGAUAUCAGAUACUCAGCUGGGAACCUACAGGCUGAUUGGCAUCUGGCCAACAUAGUGGAGAGACUCAGGGAUGUCGAUUUGAGGCCAGACUAUGGGAAGAAGAGAGAUCUCUGUGACCGCCAUGGAGAGAAACUCGUACUCUUCUGUAAGGAGGAUGGGAAGGUCAUUUGCUGGGUUUGUGAGCGAUCUCAGGAGCACCGUGGUCACCACACAUUCCUCAUGGAAGAGCUAGUCAACGAAUGUCAGGAGAAGCUCCAAGCAGUCCUCAAGAGGCUAAGGAAGGAGCAGCAGGAAGCUGAGAAGUUGGAAGCUGACAUCAGAGAAGAGAAAACUUCCUGGAAGUAUCGGGUACAGACUGAGAGACAAAGGAUACAAGCAGCAUUUAAUCAUCUUAGAAGCAUCCUCAACAUUGAGGAGCAGAGAGAGCUGCAAAGAUUGAAAGAAGAGGAGAAGAUGACACUGGACCACUUGGCAGAGUCUGAGGAUGAGGUAGUUCAGCAGAGAGAGCUGGUGAAAGAGCUCAUCUCAGAACUGGAGCGUCGGGGUCAGUGGUCAUCAGUGGAGCUGCUGCAGGACAGGAGUGGAAUCAUGAAAUGGAGUGAGGUCUGGAUGCUGAAAAAGCCAAAAGCUGUUUCCAAGAAACUGAAGACUGUAUUCCGUACUCCGGAUCUAAGUAGGAUGCUGCAAGUGUUUAGAGAGCUAACUGAUGUCCGAUGCUACUGGGUGGACAUCACACUGAAUCCAGUCAACCUAAAUUUGAAUCUUAUCCUUUCAGAAGAUCACAGACAACUUUCAUCUGUGCCAAUUUGGCCUGUUAAGUUUUAUAAUUAUGGUAUCCUGGGAUCCCAAUAUUUCUACUCCGGGAAACAUUACUGGGAAAUAGAUGUGUCCAAGAAGACUGCUUGGAUCCUGGGGGUAUACUGUAGAACACGCUCCCGCAACAUGAAGUCUGUUGUUAGAAAAGGCACAAAUCAUAAAAAUGUUUACUCUAGAUACAGACCUAUAUUUGGCUACUGGGUUAUAGGGUUACAGAAUAAAUUUAAGUACAGUGCAUUUGAGGACUCUUCCUCCUCUGAUCCUGAGCUUUUGACUCUCUCCAUGGCUGUGCUCCCCAUCACGUUGGGGUUUUCCUAGACUAUGAGGCAGGUACUGUGUCAUUUUUCAAUGUCACAAACUAUGGGUCACUCAUCUACAAGUUCUCUCAGUGUUGCUUUUCUCAGCCU